AUGUACAGAAACGCUGCUGCUAGACUUGCCAGAUCUUCCAGAUCCUCCACCAGAGCCCUCUCGUCGAUGGCCAAGAGACCAACCUUGGUUGCGUCUGCUGCUGCUGGCGCCAACGUUGCUAGAUCCAACGUCGGUGCUGUCAGAGGCUUGAAGAAGAUUAACUUCGGCGGUGUUGAAGAGUUGGUUCACGAAAGAGCCGACUGGCCAAGAGAAAAGUUGUUGGAGUACUUCAAGAACGACACAAUGGCCUUGAUUGGUUACGGUUCCCAAGGUUACGGUCAAGGUUUGAACUUGAGAGAUAACGGCUUGAACGUCAUCAUCGGUGUCAGAGAGAACGGUGCCUCCUGGAAGGCCGCCAUUGAAGAUGGAUGGGUCCCAGGUGAGAACUUGUUCCCUAUCAACGAAGCCAUCGAGAAGGGUACCAUUGUCAUGAACUUGUUGUCUGACGCUUCCCAGUCUUCGACCUGGGCCGACAUCAAGCCUCUCUUGACCGAAGGCAAGACCCUUUACUUCUCCCACGGUUUCUCCCCAGUCUUCAAGGAGUUGACCAAGGUUGACCCACCAACCAACAUCGACGUCAUCUUGGCUGCUCCAAAGGGUUCCGGUAGAACCGUCAGAUCCUUGUUCAAGGAGGGCAGAGGUAUUAACUCCUCCUACGCCGUCUGGAACGACGUCACCGGCAAGGCCGAAGAAAAGGCCAUUGCCUUGGCUGUCGCCAUUGGUUCCGGUUACAUCUACCAGACCACGUUUGAAAAGGAGGUCUACUCCGAUUUGUACGGUGAAAGAGGUUGUUUGAUGGGUGGUAUCCACGGUAUGUUCCUUGCUCAAUACGACGUUUUGAGAGAAAACGGCCACUCCCCAUCCGAAGCCUUCAACGAGACUGUCGAAGAAGCCACACAAUCCCUAUACCCAUUGAUUGGUAAGUACGGUAUGGACUACAUGUACGACGCGUGCUCCACCACUGCCAGAAGAGGUGCCUUGGACUGGUACCCAAUCUUCAAGGAAAACUUGAAGCCUGUUUUCCAGAAGUUGUACGCCUCUGUCAGAGACGGUUCCGAGACCCAAAGAUCCUUGGACUUCAACUCCCAAGUCAAUUACAGAGAAGAACUUGAGAAGGAGUUGGUCACCAUCAGAAACAUGGAGAUCUGGAGAGUCGGUAAGGAGGUCAGAAAAUUGAGACCAGAGAACAACUAA